GGGAAUAACCGCUGGAAAAGAUCUGGAAGCUUCGGAGCGUUGCAUUUUUUCCCCCUUUUCUUUCAUACUUUCAAUCGCCUUCGAUUUCGAUCUCGGAAAUCUCCGAUCCUUGUCAGUUCGUUGAUUUUCAUUGGGUUUCGGCUUUGGAUCCAGGUUAUUGAUUUCAUAGUAGUUUAAUAAAUGGCUAGUGGAUUUGGGGAAUCAACAAGCAGAGAGCCUCAGAGCUCUACCUAUUCCUCCUCUGGGAACAAUAACAACAAUGAUUCAGGGAGCUUUGAAUGCAACAUUUGCUUUGAACUUGCUCAAGAUCCCAUUGUGACUCUCUGUGGCCAUCUUUUCUGCUGGCCUUGUCUUUACCGAUGGCUCCAUGUUCAUGCAAGAUCCCAAGAAUGUCCGGUUUGUAAGGCCAUUGUUGAGGAGGACAAAUUGGUACCUCUGUAUGGACGGGGCAAGACGCCCACUGAUCCCCGAUCAAAAUCAGUCCCUGGUGUUGACAUUCCCCACCGGCCAGCUGGGCAGAGGCCAGCUACUGCUGCCCCUCCUGAUCCUAACCAAUUUGCUCAUUCGAAUCCGUGGUUCAUGGGCGGUGCACCGUUUGGUCAUGGUAGGUUUGGUAACUACACAUUCUCUGCUGCCAUUAGUGGUCUGUUCCCUAUGCUGAGCUUCCAAGUGCAUGGGUUCCCUGAUGCAACUGCGUAUGGACCUGGUGCCGGGUUUCAUUAUGGGUAUAAUUCUUUUCAUGGUGGGCAUACUUAUGGAUUCCCACCGCGUGCAUCUCAAGGGCAGCAGGCAGACUACUAUCUGAAGGCACUGCUGCUUUUGGUUGGUGCUCUUGUCGUUGCUACCCUUGUUUACUUCUAGACAGGUGAUAGUUUCUAUUUCAUUAUGGAAUAAUGAUCAAGCGAGUAUUAUCUGCCAUAUCUGUAUUGAUAUAUGUUCAUACUGUCUUUCUCAUAUUAUGUGCAUUCCGCCUUGUAAUGGUUUAAAGCCUUUUAAAGGACAUGUUUCUGGAUACCGUCAUCGUUUAUGGUUUCUUUUUGCCGUUGGUUAUGGUAAUUGUUUGCGGAAUGACAAAUGGCAUAAUGCAAUGUUUUAGUUUUAA